CAACCUCCGGGCGGGAGCGCCAGCCCCAGGCUUUCCCGCGAAAAUGCAGUCCCCGGGAUGCCUGGGCAGCGCCUCUUCCCUGGGGUGACUUCGAGGGACUGCUGUUCCGGCUAAGGAUGCAACCAAACGAGCAGAAUGAGCCCAGAUGUGCCUCUGCUGAAUGCUUACAAGCAGGACUUCUUUCUGAAGCGCUUUCCCCAGACCCUGCUUGGAGGCCCGCGGCUCAGAUUAGGCUUCCGUGCCCCUCCUUACGUAUAUGUUAACCAGAUUAUUCUUUUUCUGAUACCAUGGGUUUGGGGUGGAGUAGGGACGCUCUUGUACGAGUUUGCCGUCCUGGAAGACUAUCACACAGCAGCACUUUCAGGGGGCUUAAUGCUUUUCACGGCGUUUGCCAUCCAGCUCACAGGCUUAUACGCCCGAAGCAAGUCCAUGACGGUACAAAGAAUCCUGACCUCGGAUAUUUUAGCAGAAGAAGAUGAGCAUGAAUUUUCAAGUUGUGCUGGUGCUGAAACGAUCAAAUUUCUAAUUCCUGGCAAGAAAUAUAUGGCCAACACAAUCUUCCAUUCUGUUCUGGCAGGGGUAGUGUGUGCCCUUGGAACAUGGUAUCUGCUCCCCUCCCGAGUGACCUUACUGUGUGGCAGUGUGGGAGGUGCUGCGCUGCUCUUUGUCUUUGGCUGGGUGACAGUCUGUACAGGAGAGUAUUCGUUAAUCGUAAACACAGCUACAGAGACUGCGACUUUCCAGACCCAGGAUACUUAUGAAAUCACUCCUCUGAUGAGACCCCUUUAUAUUUUUUUCUUUGUUUCUGUGGAUCUUGCACACAGAUUUAUGAUACAUGUGCCAGCUCUAGAACAGAUGAAUCAGAUUUUACACAUCUUGUUUAUAUUUUUACCUUUUCUCUGGGCACUGGGAACUCUGCCCCCACCUGAUGCACUAUUUUUAUGGGCAAUGGAACAAGUUUUAGAGUUUGGCCUUGGAGGCUCACCCAUGUCGACACACCUAUGGUUGUUAGCGAUGCUCCUCAUUUCUGCUGGAGUGGCUGUAACAUCGUAUUUCAUUCCCAGUCCUGUUUGUGUGGUUCUUUUCAUGACGGGACUUGGGUUCCUGCUGAGUCUUAAUCUACGUGAGAUGGGUUUUACCUUCAAGCACCAUGUGACCAGACACAGAGCUAGAACCAAAUCCAAGGCUUUACCCAGCGAUUCCAGAACACAUUAUACAUGGAAAGAAUGUGGAUUCUACAUCAUUAUGUUAGCCUUGGCUCUCGUAGAAUCCAGUUUACUUCACCACUUUGCUGAUUUCUCACAGAUGUCCAGAAGCAGUCCGCAGACUAUUGUUGGCUAUAUGUUGAUGAUAUUACUUGCAAUACUGUGGAUACUUAGAGAAAUUCAAAGUGUCUAUAUCUUUGGAGUUUUCCGAAACCCUUUCUAUCCAAAGGAUAUGCAUACUGUGACGGUGUUCUUAAAGAAGCAAGCAAAACUCAUGAAGAUUGGUGUUGCCAGACGCACUCUACUGACACUAGUGUCACCUUUUGUCAUGAUAGCAUUUCUCUCACUGGAUAGUUCCUUGCAGAGGCCCCAGUCUGUGGCUGCCUCCAUUGGAUUCACAAGAGCUUUUAGAAUGGUAUGGCAGAACACAGAAAAUGCUCUUUUGGAGACGGUCACAGUAGCAGUCACACACGCACUGAUCUUUAAUAAGGACUUAUGGUGGAACAGAAACCUGAAUACAGGACUUAGACUCUUACUGGUAGGUAUUGUGCGUGAUCGUCUGGUUCAGUUCGUCUCGAAAUUGCAGUUUGCUGUGACUGUGCUUCUGGCAUCAUGGACGGAGAAAAAACAGCGUCGGAAAUCGGCUGCCACUUUAUGUGUUCUCAACACCGUCUUCUCUCCAUUCGUGCUGCUCGUCGUGGUGCUUUCUACGCUGCUCUCUUCUCCCUUGCUCCCCCUCUUCACCCUGCCUGUGUUCUUGGUGGGGUUUCCCCGGCCGAUUCGGAGUUGGCCAGGAGCGGUGGGCACCGCCGCCAGCGUGUGUGCAGAUACAGUGUACUACCACCAGAUGGUCCCAGGUUUGACUAUUGCACUGCAGUCUGCGAUGGCAGCUGGAAGUUUAAGUCUCUUCUUACCUGGGUCUCACUACUUGGGCCGUUUUCAGGAUCGUUUACUAUGGAUAAUGAUUCUAGAACGAGGUUAUACUUACUGCUCUAUUAACAUUAAGGGCUUAGAAUUGCAAGAGACAUCUUGUCACACUGCUGAAGCUGGAAGGGUUGAUGAAGUUUUUGAAGGUGCCUUUGUGCGAGAAGAAUCCACAAGAGGAUGUUCCCUUAAUGAGCACUUUGGAAAUAUCUUGACACCAUGUACAGUUUUGCCUGUGAAACUAUAUUCUGAUGCCCGGAAUGUCCUAUCUGGCAUAAUUGAUUCUCAUGAAAACUUAAAAGAAUUUAAAGAUGACCUUGCUAAAAUACUUGUGUGGAUACUCGUUCAGUACUGCUCCAGAAAACCCAGUGAGCAGGAGAAUGUUCACAAAACUGAGAAUAAAGGGAAGGCCCCUUUACUAAUCCCACCCACUUCAAAUCCUUCACCGCAGCCCCAGUGCCCAGAAGACACGGAUAGUUCAGUAUCAGAAAUUUUUGAUGACUGGUGUGAUGGGAAUAUUUUUGAUGAUGAGCCAACCAGCAAAAAGGGAAAAGAAGGAAAAGGUCAGUUGAAAGUUUUUCCAGGUACAAAUUCUUCUCUCCCAGGAUCAACAGAAUUAUGGAAGGUUGAUGAUCUUUCUACAGACAGAGUCCCUGACAAUACGCUUUAUAAAAGUGUUAUGCUGGGAUACCCUGCUCCUGACAAAGGACAGCAAGAAGGCAUGGUAUCUAUCCCCCUUGUGGAGUUCAGUUCUCAUUCUCACAUGGUAAGCUUACCUGAAGAAUGGAGGUCUAACUGUUUGCCUGAUGUCAGAAUGAAGGAGAUGAGUUCGAUCUUUCCAGAAGACUGGUACCAAUUUGUUUUAAGGCACUUGGAAUGUUUGCAUUCAGAAGAAAAGACCUCAAAUGUACUGGAAGAAAUUGCAAAGGAUAAAGUUUUAAAGGACUCAUAUGUUCAUGUAGCAAUGACUUGUUAUUUUAGUUUGUUUGGAAUAGACAAUGUGACUCCUAGUCCCAGUCACAUAUUGAAAGUUUACAGUGGGGUUUUGCCUUGGUCGACUGCCUUUGAUUGGCUCAUGGAAAAACCAGAACUAUUCCAGCUAGCACUGAAAGCUUUCAGGUACACUUUGAAACUAAUGAUUGAUAAGGCAAGUUUAGGUCCAAUAGACAACUUUAAGGAGCUGACUAGUUACCUUGAAGAAUAUGAAAAUGACUGGUAUAUUGGUUUGGUUUCUGAUGAAAAGUGGAAGGAAGCAGUUUUACAAGAAAAGCCGUACUUGUUUUCUCUUGGGUAUGAUCCUAAUAUGGGUGUUUACACUGGGAGAGUACUGACUCUUCAAGAAUUAUUGAUACAACUUGGAAAGUUGAAUGCUGAAGCUGUUCGAGGGCAGUGGGCCAAUCUCUCAUGGGAAUUGCUAUAUGCCACUAAUGAUGAUGAGGAACGUUACAGUAUACAAGCUCAUCCACUGCUUUUAAGAAACCUCACGGUACAAGCAGCUGAUCCUCCCCUGGGAUACCCAAUUUAUUCUUCAAAACCUCUCCACAUACAUUUGUUUUAGAGUCCAUUUUGACUUGCAAUAUCUUCAAAUGAGAUGCUUAUAUUUUUUCAUUCUAGAAAAGUAACAAUGUGUAAUUGCUGUAGACGAGUUGGACUCUCUCUCCAGUCCCCUCCCAUGUCAGAUAGCCGAGAAAAGCCAAACUCCGUGAGGUUAAUCUCUUCACCAUCUUAAUGGAGAUAUAUCUAUGUCUAUAUAUAGAUAUAUCAUAAAAGUUUAGAACUAGUUGGCCAAUAUUUGUGACAUUUGGGUUAUGGUAGACUUUAGGAAAUAUGAUAAGCAUUUUUAAAAGGUGGUUGUAAGAGAGCAUUCUGACGUAUCCCGCCCCCACCCCCCACGUGGCAGAGUAGAACUAGAACUGCCCCAUAGGGUUCUCUAGGCUGUAAUCCUUAUGGAAGCAGGUCACUAGUUCUUUCUCACAUGAAGCCGCUGGGUGGGUUUGAAUCAACAACCUUUGAAUCAGGUGCUUAUCCCCUGCACACCAGGGCUCCUAUGCAUAAAAUUAGAUAAUGAAUUUUCUAUGCUUUCUUAAAAAUGUAUGAAAGUUGACAUGCAGUGCUGUGUAAUUUUUACAUACUUCCAGGUGUACAUAUCAGUGUUUUUAAGUGAUGAUAAUGGACCUUAUUGAAAGUAAAUGUACAUAUAUUUAUUUGAGAUAUAAUGUUUAUAGUAUUUUCAAACUUUGUGCUGUUUUAAUGUACACCAUAGUUUAAAUGUAUGUUUUUUCAUAUACUUCA